AUGGAUGGCCAGAGCACAAGAGCAAUGUUUCGCAGUCAAUCAGGCGAUAGAGUCAUUGUUCCUCAUAGCUUGAGAGCAGCGAUGUUAGAUAGAGUUCAUUAUGCUCAUAUAGGCAUGAACAGCUGUCUGAGCCGAGCCAAAGAGUGUAUAUACUGGCCCAGCAUGGAUGCGGAGAUACGAGAGUAUGUAUCUAGAUGUUCUACUUGCAGAAACUUUGAUGUAAAGCAGCCCAAAGAGUCUUUGAUUAGUCACACUUUUCCUCUAAGACCAUGGGCAAAAGUUGAGACUGUUAUUUUUCCUUUUCAACAUUAUGAGUACCUGAUGACUGUGGACAAUUAUAGUUCUUUUGUGGAAGUUGAUUGCCUGAAAAAGGCCACUUCAAAAGAAGUCAUCAAAUGUUUGAAGAGACACUUCUCACGGUAUGGCAUCCCUGACAUAGUUGUCAACGACAAUGGACCGCAAUAUUUGUCUCAGGAAUUCGCUGAGUUUUCCAGGAAUUGGUCGUUUCAACAUACCGUCACAAGCCCAUACUAUUCCCAAUCCAAUGGCAAGGUGGAAGGGUCAAUCAAGACAGUCAAAAAAAUUAUGAAGAAAGCCGCUGCAACAGGCAGUGAUCCGUGGUUAUGGCUAUUAGAUUAUAGAAAUACUCCAACUGAAGGUUUACAAUCAAGCCCUGUGCAGAGACGAAUAGGAAGACGAACGAAGACGAGAUUACCAACCACAACUAGUUUGUUGAGACCUGAAAUUCAUGAUGAAUCGGGAAGCUAUUAG